GGGAUAAGGACUCCAUUUUAUACUUGAAAGGCCGAGAGGGGCUUCUUCUAAACCGUUGAGAACAAUCUACUGGUCUCUUCGUCUUCUAAAUUUUUUGUUUGACGAAGAAAUGGCAGACAGUGCUGAUCAGGUCGAAGAAAUCUUAACCAAUCUCUCUUCGGAUGCCGGAGCAGUCAAAUCCUUCGCGUACUCAAACCUUUUACACCUUCAACAACUUUCCACUACAGAUUCUUCUCAGAUUCGAUUCCUCAGUGAAAGAUCCCACCGUCUCCUUACUCUGAUCCUCUCUGAUAUUUCCGUGGACGACGAAGAAAUAGCUGCUGGAGCUUUGAAGUGUUUAGGAUUCAUUAUUUACCAUCCUUCCCUUGUUGCUUCCAUUCAAGAUGGCGUUGCUAGUUCAGUAGUGGAGUCCUUGGUACGUCUAGUUACAACCACCAAGAUGAAGGCUGUUUGUAACUUAGGAGUAUGGUGUAUAUCUAUUCAACAGUUCAGCGCAUCAAUUCUCAAUUGCCAUUUCCAUUCUUUAUUGUGGGCAAUCAUUCAUGCCAUCGACAAUCCUAUUGGUUCUUUGUCAACCACAUUUGAGGCAAUUCAGGCUUUGAUAAAGUUGGCAGCUCAAGUGGGUGAAAAAAUGAGAGAUUCUGCAAAUAUAUGGGCUCCUCCUAUUUAUAGAAGGCUUAUUAGCACUGAUAAGAGGGACAGGGAUAUGUCAGAGAGAUGCCUUUUGAAGAUCAGGUCUGUUGUAAUUCCUCCUCCGCCAAGUCUUUCUAAGGCACUUGUCAUGGAUAUUAAGCAAAAAUUGCUUCCAGGAAUGAAACAAAUGCUACCUGACCAUGGAAUGAGGAUUCCUAUGAUCAGUGCUUGGGGAUGGUUUAUCCGCUUGCUUGGAUGUUAUGCGGUGAAAAAUAGGCAUUUGGUUAAUGAAAUGCUUAAAAUUCCUGAGAAGACAUUCUCUGAUCCCGACCCACAAAUCCAAAUUGCUUCACAGGUUGCCUGGCAAGGUUUGAUUGAUGCACUUAUUGACCUUCCAACACAAGGUCAAGUGUUGAAUACAACUGUAGAGCAUGGCAUUCAGCAAGUUGGUAAUGUAUUUUCAGAUACAUCUAAAGGGCAUUCUAACGCAAAUCAAGCAGAUAGUUUUUCCAAAAGCAUAAAGCUUAUAAUGACACCUUUGGUAGGAAUCAUGUCAAGUAAAUGUGAUUUUUCUGUUCUCUCAUCCUGCCUAAACACAUGGUGUUAUCUUCUACACAAACUUGACCUCUCUGUUAAUCGUUCUUCAGUACUAAAAACAGUCUUAGAGCCUAUACUUGAAGUUGUCUUCCAAAAGGGGCCUCAUGGUAUCGGCAUCUGGUUCUGGAACUCCUGCCUAGAUCUGCUUGAUGAGUAUAUUUCAGCAAAAAGUAGCGAGGGAGAUUAUGAUGUGAUAAAGAAGUAUAGCUUCCAAUCACCAUCUAUAGCUAAUUUGAUUGAACAUCCUCCUGCUGGUGCAUGCUUGUGGAAGAAUUAUCCUAUUAAAUGGUUGCCUUGGGAUCUUAAUAUGCUAAAUUUCCAUCUAAAGAUGAUUCAUAUUCUCAUCAGAGAAACAUCAGGGACAACUGUAACAGGUGACAAUGUAAGUCUGGCCUAUUAUGCUGCCUCGAAGAUAUUCAGAUCUGUUUUGAAGGGGAUCCAGAUUGAGUUGAAAAGAUCAUCCAUUACUUAUAAUGAGAUUAUAUUGGGUUUAGAAAAAAUUUUAGACUUCACUAAGAGUGUAUGUGAAGAGUUAGUUUCAAAAGAUGUUGGCUCUAAUGGCUGGCUGCAUACUUGCCUCGAGCUUGUGGAGGCUGUUGAAGAGGAACUAGAACCAUCAGUAUUGGGAUCCCCUCUUUAUAGGGUUGCGUUAGACCUCAAGUACAUUAAUGAUUUGCAAUUGAUUACUGAUAUUAAAUGUGCAAAUUUUGAAGAGAUCACAUCUAUUGCUUUUAUGGAUUUGGUUUCACCGAUGGUUUAUUUGACCAUACUCCAACUCUGUCUAUUGGCUCAAUCAGUUUUAAAUGUAUCAAAUAUGGAGAUGAUUCUAAAUAGAGUGCAGAAACAAUUGAAGUUCAUAUGGUCCUCAUAUGAUCCUUUAGAAAAUCUCCAUGCCAUAGUUAGUUUUUCGUAUAGACAUAGUGGAUUCAUAUGGUUGAAGUUAUGGAUUCUGAUUUCAAAAGAUCUGAAAAGACACAUUGACAAUGUAAAAGAUGCUUCACUGUUGAAAAUGGAGUCUAACGGUAAUGCUUAUGUUACAAUCUGUUGGUUCUUGUCCUACCCCUUUGUCCUGUGCUCUUUUUCCCAGAAGCUGUUGACACCAGAAGAGACUAAUUUGUCCUCAAAAUCAUGUCAGUUUCCCUCAAGGAGAGAGCUUGAUAUUGAACUUGAUCGUGAUAUUGAACUUGAUCAUGUUAUUGAAGUAUGGAAGUUACUUUAUGGUUCUAUAAAUUGGUCCUUACAGCCUGAGUGCUUCAUCAUGAAUGGUUUUACGGAGGAUCUAUGUGCUAUAUUAACCACAGUCUAUGAUCAAAACACUACCAUUCUUGAAAGUGGCAUGCACCUUCAUUUAAAGGGACAGGGUCGGUACCUCACUUUUCCUCUGUUUGGUGAAGCAACAAUAUGUGUGUUGAAACAGAUGCUGCAAUCAGACAAAGAAAAUUUAAGAUCAAGUGGAAACAAAUGUCAAGAGGAUGGGAGUUAUGAUCAAAGCAAUUGCGUCAAUACUUGCUUGAAGCUCAUUGCCAGCUUCCUAAGAUUGUCGUGGACUAUUGCAGAAGCCAAUUCCCUAGCUUAUCUGUCUGAUACAGGAAGGGUGUUCUCUGAAUUAGUUAGCUUUGUUUGCCACCUUCACUUGAAGCAAGAUAUUAUUCUAGUGAUUGAGGGAAUGUCUGAUACUCUGGUUCAGUGGCUGUCAUCAGGGAAAGUGAACAAAAUUCCCAUUAUUGUUGAAAUUCCACACUUUUGGUCUGAAACUCUUAACUGUUUGCAGAGAGCUCAACCUCCUAUUGCUUUUGACUCCUCCUUCCUUGAAAUACAUGCAACUCUUCUGAGGACAACACUUGAUCAUCCAGAGCCCUCUAUUUCAGAACCCACAAUUGCCUUCUGGAAUUCAACAUAUGGCAACCAAGUCAAGUUAGAUUACCCCCAGAGCUUACGUCCAGUGCUAGAUAAGCUAUCAAGGAGGGGAAAGAUUGACCUUCACAAAAAAAGCCCAUCAUUCUUUGUCAACAAUUGUCCUAGAUCAGGAGAAGCUGUUGGUGUUCAGGAGAGAUACAGCGUAGCUACAACUCAGAAGACGAGCUCAAAAAGAGUAGGGUUCAUGGAGGUCACACGGAAUGAUUCUAAUCCUUGUGAUUACCCAUCAAGGAGUUUGAAAAAGAAAAAGUUAGAGCUAACAGAACAUCAGAAAGAGGUGAGAAGAGCCCACCAAGGGAGGGAGAGAGAUUGUAAUGGUCAUGGUCCUGGGGUAUGGACCUACACUGCUGUUGAUUUUUCUCAAGGAAAUGAAAACUCACAAGAAAGCCAGGAUCUGCGAAACCCAGAGUCCAUCUUAGAGAUGUUGAAAAGAACAAGGUAGCUAUUCCGACUGACUCAUGUUCCAGGCCAUAGUUUCAACUUACAGA